CCCGCAAUCAGUCUUGACAAGGAACUACCAGAUCCGUUUUUACAAAGUAGAAGAAAUAAACGUAAUGUAUUGAUUUUUUUUACAAUAAUCGGGAUAUCGUUUUAUGUUAUAGUAAAUUAUGAAAAAACAUCUGCACCAAUUGUUUCGUCGACUUUUUACUAUUUAAGAAGGAGCAAAGUAAUUCGAGAUAAAUUGGGGUCAAAUAUUGAUUAUGCAUCUUUUAUUCCUUGGAUUAAUGGGACAUUGAAUCAAGUUGACGGUUUUAUUGAUAUAGAUUUCAAAGUCAAGGGAAGUUUAAAUGAAGGUGUGAUUAAAUUGUUUGCAACAAGACCAGACAAAAACUCGGUCAUUGAUAUUAAAGAAUGGACAUUAACCGUUGAUGGUGAGGUUAUUGAUUUGCUCGAUGAUAAAUCUGUUCAAUUCGUAAUA